AUGGAGGAAUUGUCGGACGGCGCAAUAGUUUGGGUCAAGCUGAGUAACUGCUGGUGGCCCGGUGAAGUUAUAGGCGACGAAAAACUGUCGGAUGAUUUUCUUUCCUCCUUACGGAAGAAACCAUUGGCAGUGGUGAAAUUUUUCGACGAAGAUGCCUAUGAGUACGUGAAAAAUCCCAACUUCAUAUUCAAGUACAACUGUCCCCGUAAGACCGAGUUUCUACGCAAAGGCCUGGAACAAUACCGAGCAAAGAAUAAGCACAUGGAAAAGUUCCCUGCAGAUGUAAUGCACGCCGAGCGAAUGACGGGUGGGGAUCCGAAUAUCGUGAAUUCCACCGAUUUUCUUCCUCAAAAAAAGGAACGAUACUCGGGGCUGUUUCAGGAUUCUGCCAAAGGGAAAGAUAAGAAGAACAAAUCAUUAACACCAUCUAAAGCAAUGGCAAUUUCUGUAGUGUCCGAUGUUGGUCGUAAAACGAUGCACGAGAUACGAAUCCUUGCGCAACCUUCCGCAGCAUCGAAACCUGCAACGUCGGGCUCGGAUGGAGCGGUGGAAAAACUGAUCUCCCCAUCGUCACAAACCUAUCACUGUCACAAGUGUGGCUUUUCCAGCAGUCGACAGAAUGUUAUCGUUAUUCACACGAAAAAUUGUCGGGCUACUGGUGCGGCCGUUGUUUCGACACCGUCAUCGACCACGUCAGGAGCAAAAGACAAAGGUAAAACUGAUGCGAAGCUUAAGAAGGAACUACUGGCUGAUUGGAGUGAAGACGAGCAAGACGAUGACAUGGAUACUACCGUUGGCGAAACAAAGAACACCCAGGAUAAUUCGGAAGAGAAGAAAAUCGUCGCAAAAGAAUCUUCUUCCUCUAUGUCGCCCCAGAAAGACGCAGAUAAUGGUGAAGAGAGUGCUAAAAUGAAGCAAAGAGAUGAAAAAGAAAGUAAUUCUGAUGCACUGGAAGUGGCACAAAGUAAGGCAAACACGUUUGGAAGUGGUCCGGAUACGAAGAUGCUGCCAAGUGACGAAGAAAGCAGCACAGCAAAGGAUUCGGACAAAGAGAUCACUUCGGACAGUCCGUUGACCACCUCUAGCGUAUCAUCUACGACGACGGCACCUCCGUUGGUAUCGCCUUGUACGACCAUCAAGUAUAGAAAUAUUCCUAAGAAACAGAAACGAGAGUUCAUCGAAGUGACAAACGAUGACGCGUCAUCGGUACAUGGACCGGUGCACGAUAAGGCGCCGUCGCGGGAAGAUAGCACUGCCAGUAGUUCCUCAACAACCGGAUCAAGCGAUACGUUAGGCAACGGCAUUACUACACUCUUCAUGGGCACCGGUGCUACCGACCGUCCGAUUAGUGCCAAACAGCUGAUUUUAAAUCGUGCAACCCGCUGUUCCAGCAAAUCCCUCAGCGGUGACGAAACACUGAAAGCUGACGAUGGGAAACUAGACAGUGACAAAAACGACCGUUGCGAAUCUCAGCAAAAUCGCGAAGCCAUAAAACAAACAGAAUCGAUCGCAAAUGAGCAGGUUUCUUGUUUCGAUUUCAAGGACGAUGAUGAGCAUGAAAAGAGUCCGCAAUCUUCGCAAUUCUCCUCAGCUGCCCAUAGACGGUCCGGAUCGUUGGCGGAUCGAAAGUCUGCUGCUAAGGAAGCACCGCAGGAAGACUUUACCGUUUCACAGAAGCGGCGUUCGAGUGGGCGCAAGAAAUCGGUCACUGAAGGCGCGUUAGCUAGCACCGAAAAGGAACAACAAAACAGCAACGAAGCUACCGUUGCCAUCAAUGUACGCACCAACUGGAAAGAAAACAGCGAUUCUGGCGCCGAUCGUGAUGCUCAGUUGAGUGAAGCGAUCGAUUUUUUAUUGGAGGAAACUGACGUUCCGAAGCUACCAGAUGAUCUUAAACAGGUGGUGGCCGCUGUAUCGGAGAAAAUCGAUUGCAAUCGCACCCUUCCGCCGAAGGAGCGUGGAAAGCGUAUUUUCAAAACACGCAACAAAAGCUCACUAGCGGCCACAACCGAUACAAAGGACUCGGCGGAAGAGUCGGGUGUUGCGAAAUCGGUAGAGGUUGAAAGUAAUAAGAACCAAGGGAAUGAGCAACAAGAAAAGAUGGAUCAUGAGCGAUCGCCGGAUGAAGCCAUUCCGAAGACAGUAGAUGUAUCCGUUGAUUCGGAAUCAACGGUGGCGCACAGUGUGGUGGAUAAGAAAGCUCGCGCCAGCGGAACCAAGUUUGAAAAUUCUGACUUUGCAGCCUUCAAAGCGAAACGGACAAAAUAUUCGCGGGAAGAAGACUAUCAGAAUCCCUCCGUGACAUCUUCAGAGCAGGGAACAGAGGCUGUAGAGGAACCAGCGCCUGCUUUAUUGGAGCACGACGAAAAGCCAUCGGUGAUUAACCCUAAGUCAGAGAUACAGCAAACACCACCAAUACCGGGAUCAUCUCCGAACGCAAAGGGUCGCCGUGGGAAGCAGAAAAAACCCACACCGAUCACGACACCGCUACCUGUUGUUGCUAUGGUGGAAUCCGUGGAGGUUAAGGCAACGACGGAUCUUGCCGUGGAAGGAAAUGAAACUGCAAAAAUGGACGUAGAAAACGAAGCGUCCACUAAGGAAGUGGAAACGAACCAAGAGGAGAAUGUUGCAAAAAAAUUACAGAGAAAAUCGAGUGACAAUUUACUUCCGGAUAGUAGUGGCAACGAGCCCUCGCAAUCACGCCGCCGCACCAAGAUUAAGCACCAACGGGACGUGGAAGUAAGGGUACCACCAAUUGAGGCGGAAUCGUCAAGGCGAUCAAAGCGAUACCGCAAGGAAACUGCAUCGGAUAGUUCACACACACGCAAGUCGCGCGUACCAUCGAAUAUUGAGGAAUGCGUUGUUGGCAACGCGAUCGUUGCCAAGGAAACAGAAAACACUACGACAGCCGUCGUAGCGGAUGUUCGCCAAGCAGAGGACGAAAGCAUGAAACAACCAGAAUCGUCUUCAGUUUCCGUCGAUGACGAGGUCCUAGUGGAAAAAGAUGUAAAAGCGAACAACAAGCAGGAAAAACCAUCUCUAGACAGUGGAAAAUCUUUAAAACGGAAACAAGAUGCACGCGCUACGGCUGAGUUCACGGGCAAGAUGGAACAAUCGCUUGCAUCGGAUGGAAAGGCACAAGAAUAUGCAAAGCCGACGGAUGAGGGAGCGUUGAGGGCUGAGCUCGGUAAGGAUAGAAAGCUUAAACCUAAUCGGCACACCAUCGGCUCAAGCGGCGCCGUCGUUUCUAGCAGCCCUGUUGUCAUGGGAACGAAACCAACGCCAACGGAUCUGCAGGUAGCCGAAGCUUUAAUCCAUCUACCGGAAGCAGCAGCAGCAGCGGCGGCAGCUGCAACGGCAACGCUAGCAGUCCUUCCCGUUGUGUCAAAGGUAAAGGAACCUGAGACUGAACUUGGUACCGAGAAACUGUCACCGUCACUGACGCAAGAAGACGAUGACCUUACGGUAUCUUCUUCUCCUUCCGUAACACAAUCGCUGCCACCGUCGGCUGUUGUGAUAGGAGCAGCGCAAAGCAGCAGUAGGUCCGGUGCGGGUAGCAUUGCUAUGAGAAGUAUUAAUCCACGGAAACGACACCUACAGUCAAUGCUGCUCACAGAGGAUGCUGCGGGCGAACAAAAACGGGCAGCCACAUGCCACAAAACGGCACACGUUGAAAGUACUAGUGUUACGAACGAACCGGUGAGUUCCCCGGUAGUAUCUGGAGGCACUGAAGAACAGAAACAACAACAGCAACAGAAGAAAAAUACACCCAUUCUGGAGAAGAAGAAAAAGGAGUCUGCCGGGGAAUCGGAACCGCUGCCGUUCGCCGUACCAGUGGACGAGGAUAAGUUUGACAUCGACAGUAUGCCAAUCGUAAUGGGUGAUAAUGGACUGCUUGUAGACAAUGUAGUAGUCAACGAGCAUACACCUGGUAGCACUCCAAAAACCACGAUCGCCACGUCGACGCGAGUUAUUAAAAAUGUGAACGGAAGUGGAAUGAGCACAGUGGACAAACAUCAGGAACCAAGUGUUAGUAGCGGGCCAGUCGUAACAACAAUGAAGGGUGGCGUAGCGGCCAAAGAGCAAAUUGUAAUAACGAGCAAAGGCACGGUUCUGACCACUUCAUCGUCGGCCGUUGCGGUUAAAUCGAAACUACAACCAGCAUCCAAAUCGGACGUAAAGGUGACAAGCGCCAUCACGCUUGGAACCACCGGCGUUCGUGUAAGCGCCACAGCGAGUGCACUUUCCGCAACCACGUCACGACGCACACAGGCGGAGCAGACAGCACCAUCGUCCAGCUCCAACGGUUCCCAUAAAGUACCGGUGGCGGAUGAAGAGCAACUGGCUAAAGAAAAAUCUGCCAUCGCCCUGGCAGCAGUGCCGUCAUUUUCAGUGGCAUCUUCAGUGGCACCAAAGAAAAUGAUUACCAAGAAGCUGCUAGGCGACUCAUCGGGAACCUUGGCGCCGGCCAGCAGCUCCAUCGUGAUCGCCACGAAUGUCGCCGAUCGUCGCUACUCUGGCGAUGAGCCUUCCUCAUCCGUUUCAUCCUCCUCGUCGACUGUUGACAGUAGUAAGAAAGGACACCGAGUUAUGAAGAUUACCCCACAGAAGCUGCAACAGUUCAGCCGUCUCGGAUACGUUGAGGAUAAAGGCAAGAGGAAGGUAAUGACAGCGAGCGGUAUGCGUCAGUUCAAACGAGAACAGUUGCUUCAGCAGCAACAGCAACAACACAAGCUUCAGCCAACACCGAACAACGCUCUCCCGACACAGUCAAAGCCGGCCAGCACAGCCGAUGCUAAAAAGAAAUCGAAACACACGACCACGAAAACAAUUGGCUCUAGCACCGGGAUGGUUCUGGCAUCCAGCAGUUCUUCUCGUUCCGCCGUUUUCGGACUGGCGGAAGCGGUAAGCUCCGGUAAUGUGGUGGUUGCAGCCGCGGCCGACUCUUCUGUUCAGGAGCUUCAGGGCGGUACUACCGUGUCUCUCGCCAAACAGCUCGUGGUCACCGACGCCGACGGUGAAAGAAAUGCGAUGAUCAUUGAGACAAUCCUUCCGGCUGCAACAAUUAAAUCGACCGUUGUAGCCCCCGAGAAAGUCAUUGGAACGGUCCCUUUCGAGUCCAGCGACGGUGCACAGCUGCUAGAAGGUUCCCCAUCGAGCAGUACGAGCGCAGCGUCGGAAGUGAUUCUCGGUGGUGCAGUAGAUUCUGCGAUACCGUCCAUUGGAGUCGUUGAGCCCAGUAGCAGUAGCAGCACCGCUGCAAGCACUGCUGCUGGUGAGCAGGAAUCACAGUACAUUGCAGUUAAUGCGGAACACUUUGGAGGUCCUCCGAACCUCUUCUAUCUGUGUUCGGUGCGGGACGAGGGAUUGGUACCGGUCAACAACCAGUUGCUCUAUUUGGAUGCUUCCAAUCAACUGGUAGCACUGGCAGCCGGUCAGCAACAUUCCGGUUCAGGGCCCACGGCCGAGGAUAUUAUCAAUCAGGCGGAAGUUAUCAUACCGACCGGAAGUAACGGUGCCGACCUGUCAGGUCCCACGGUGGCGCUAGCGUCGGCAACGGGUGAAACCGGUGCAGCUGCCGUGAAUGUGGUGGCAGCUGGAGGCAGCGACGUUGGGGCAGUCGUCGAAACUGGCAGCUCGGACGGUACGCAGCAGAGCUUUCUUCUAAACACCCAAGAUGGACAGCAGAUCAUUCUCGAUCAGCAGAGCCUCAUGGCGCUGGCAGCCAGUGGCGAUACGCCACAUCUCCUCACAGCGGAUGGUCAACAGAUUCUACUGCAAGAAGCAACACAAGAAUGGUUGACCGCAUUCGCCGUUGGUCAGCAGCAUCAGCCACAAUCUGCCGGAUCCACGCUCAGUGCGCUGGUGACACCGGAAGGCACACAGAUCAUACUGGCACCGGAUUGCAUCGAACUGCAGGAGCCAACUGCGCUGCUUCCGACGGAAGUGAUUCAGGUGCACCCGAGCACCACGAUCGAGACGAAUGCCAUCCUUACCAAGCCCCCGAUCAUGUCCACGGUCGAAGUGCCAUCGAAGAACAGUAUCGAUCCUUCGGUAAGCGGAUCAACGGGCGCUGAUCAACGGUUGGGAAGAAAAUCGGCUCCAUCCAGUGUGCCAGGCGCUGCAGGCCAUCGGGCGGCAGCAUCAGGAACGGUAGGGAAGCAAUCGCCACCGGGUGCCUCCAUUCUGGUGGCAACGGCCGGAACAUCGGCGACAACGAAUCUCGACGAAACGACGCUUGCGGCGGUAAUCGGUGUCCCUUGCAAACCGACCAACGUGCCGACCUCGCUCGAGCUUCCGAUCACAGUAACGAAUCCGGCCAUCGCCAAAACGACCACCACCAGUAGCCGCUUGAAUCCGGUGCUGUUCCCGGUUGGGGGCUCAGCGACCGCAACCGUACCGUCGGACCUAGCCCUUCCACCGGCGACCACGGUGGUCCUGUUAGCCGGGCCGAUGGCAGCAGCAGCAGCAGGUACGGCAGCCGAUCGGGCACCCACUCUCUCGUCUCCCGCAGCUUCCUCUCCCAUGCAUCCCGAUCCUACGGGCGAGUCCAUUACAGUGGGAGCCAUUUUGCCGCAAUGUGGCGCAAUGACACAGGAGGAGAUCAAUCGGGACAAAACUGAGACGGUCGAGAAUCUGGACUCAGAUGAUGACAUUCAAAUUCCCAACACACCUGAUUCCCAGCUGGACAGUGGGCGACAGAUUGCGUACGAUUCGAGUGACAGCCGCGACUACGACGAUGACGAGGUGCCCGCAAACACCCCGAAUGACGACAGUGGCCAGCGGCGUCGCAAUCAUUACGAGGCGAGAAGGAUACCCGGGGAUGGCAAUGUCUUGAUGAUGGUUGAUGUUGAUGAUGAUGAUGACGAAGGUUCCAAUGGUAGCGAAAUAAUACCACUGCAACCGAACGUGGUCGUUUUGGAUGGCUCAUUGCUAAACCAGAACUUGGGCGACGAAGUCGAUGAUGGUGACGAUGAUGAUGGUAUCGAGGAUGAUACCGACGGAGACGGAGAUUUGGAGGACUUGCCGCAUCAACCUACAGUAAGAACGGUGCAUUGCGUUCCCACCUCCGGUCGAAACGGAGCUCACGGUGCGAGUAAUAAUGAUAGUGGCAUCGACACCACUAUGGCCGGUACAGCUGUGGCUGCAUCCGCGUCUGCUAACAACGCGGCACCACACAACGGUGCUCGUCGGACGGUUGUGGAGCGAUAAUUUCGUCAAUGGACCAGAGUAUGAGACGUGAACGUGGUUUACACGAUUAGAUUCGUUUAUCUAGCAAUCGCCGAAAGGAUGUUCGUCUAGUAACAGCCGGAUGGUUUCAUACGUUGGAGACAUUGUUAAGGGCCAUGUUGCAGAGCAGGUCCACCAUCGAUUACAUUUUAACCCAACGGGGCCACCAAACUCCGGGAGUGGAAUUCAGGAAGCUCCUGCUGCGCUGCCGCACUCAACCAACUGGCCGAGAGUUGUACAUUUUAUCAUUUUAUUACCAGACAUUGGCGAAUACGUAUCCACACAGCGCACGGCAACGUUGUCGUAGCAUAUUAUAGGGGGAAAAAACAAUAGCUUACGUAACUAACUAUCGCACGGUUCUGUGAGACUUUUUAGUUUCCUUACAUUACUUAGCAAUCGAAUAAUCGACGAUAGCAAUUGUAUAAAAUAUAACCAUUUAUCCUAGUGGCUUCUUUUGGGGGCAUACGUUGAUGGUCAAUUGUUUUCUAGAGAUUGGCGCAAACAAACAAGCAUUAUACAAUGUGAAUGUCCCGUGCCUUAACAGGCAGGGAGGACAGUUACAGCCAACCUGUAGCCACAGUCACGUUCUCCGGAAAUCUGCUGGUAAGCGGAAGUUUUACAAAACAAUUCUACACUACACGCUUCUUCGAGCUGGAGCUCGCGGCAAAUGCGUUGGAAAAUGGUUUGGUUUGUCUUUUGGCAAUUGAACAGUGCCGUAAUUUUAAGUCCCGUCACUGAACCAACGAAAAGAUUACCUUUCCGGCCAGAAGGUGGUGGUUGGAGGGUCCUAGCAUAUUAUCAGUAGUGCUGCAAUUCAAAACCACAAACAUUAAUGGGGACGCGAUAUGGCAACCUCAGCUCAGCUUUGUACAAAAUGCU